GGCACAGUUUGAUAAGGUUCUACCAAUUGACCGGGUAACGUUUAUAGGAUACAAUUGACACAAUGUUUUAUAUUGCUUCUUCGCUGAUUGUAAUAUUUCUGGCAGAGUAUGCUACCGAGGAUGUUGCAUGUUUUCAGCUAGACGUGCAAAAAAUAGACAGCAUUGUGGUGAACAACUCACAGAUUUUCGUAGAAAAUUUGCACAAAUUCCUUAAUGACCAUGAGAAGCUUUUGAUAUUUGGAAAAAAUGAAAUAAAUGACUUUAACAUCGUUACCGUGAAAAAAAGGAAAAGAACUGUUCGAUCAUCCGAUAGGUUUAUCAAUUUUAAUCUCAGUAAUGGAAGUGAUGAAUAUAUUUCUGUUCAAUUGAAAAAAUCGAACUUACUAAUAGAUGAAUCGUUUGCCUUUCUCGAGAGCUAUGGAAACUCAACACAACUCAUGAACGACUCCUAUAGUGUAGUGCACAAAUACGCAAACUGUUUCUACCGCAGCGAGAAUGCAGCUUUCGAUCUAUGCGAUGGUGAAGUGAGAGGUGUACUUAGAUCGGGUCACUCUGAUCUGAUAAUUCAUCCACUACCUCAACGAUUUGGUUCUAGCAAAUUUGUAUUAAUAAAUAGAAGUCCACCAUACAAUUUUAAUACUGUUCUAAGUCAGACUAAUGAAAAGCUCAAAUUUGAGCCGGAUAUAUUCUCUGAUAAACCACAACAUUUCAGUUUCGAAAAGAGAAAACGAAACAAGCGACAAACAUCUACUGCCAAAAUUCCGGAAGCGUUAUAUAUUGAAACUGCGAUCUUUAUAGACAAGGAUUUACAUCGACACAUGUCAAAGAAUUUUCCUAGAAAUACAGAGGCAAAUGUAAUUCGCUUUGUGCUAGCGAUGAUCAAUGGCGUACAGUUACUAUACAAUCAUCCGUCCCUUGGACAUCCGAUUAAUUUCAUCCUGAAACGACUAGAAAUCCUACAUAAUGAUCAAAAAGAUCUUCACCGAUCAAGCGAUAUCGAUGUAUAUCUUAACAGCUUUUGUAACUGGCAACAGAAACUAAACCCCAUUUCGGACGCUGAUCCAGUACAUUUCGAUCAUGCAGUAAUCCUCACUGGGUUAGACUUGUACGUUGUAAGCAAAACCGGGAAAAUAAGCAAUCAGGUGGUUGGGCUAGCCCCGGUGGCUGGUAUGUGUACAAGAACCUCUAGUUGCACCAUCAACGAGGGAAAGCAUUUUGAGAGCGUAUUCGUAGUAUCUCAUGAAAUUGGCCAUAAUUUAGGGAUGCGUCAUGAUACAUCUGAAAAUAACUGCGAUCCAAGCUCGUAUAUCAUGUCACCGACACUCGGAAGUGGUAAAACUACGUGGUCUAGCUGCAGUCGUAACUAUCUUAAUUCGUUCCUAAAAACUAGUCAGGCACUUUGCAUGUUCGACAAAGGACAAUUUGAACAAAAUUUGGAUCAUGGAUUGGAAGGCAUUUUGCCAGGAGAACGCUUCGAUGUCGAUCAACAAUGUAUGCUUAAGUAUGGAAAAGACAGUGUCCGUUCCAAAAGUCAAAAUAUUAUUGAUGUUUGUCGAGAUCUUCACUGCCAAAGAGACCGAUAUACUUGGACUUCUCACCCUGCGUUAGAAGGAACUACUUGUGGAGCAUUAAUGUGGUGCCGUAGUGGAUCAUGUGUUUCAAAAAUGCGUAGUGUUUCAAUACAAUCAAGUAGAAAACAUACAACGGCUUUCAAAACUAUAGAUAAAAAAACACUCAUAGAUGGAUUGAAGGCUGCCAGUCUAAAACAGGAUAUAAGUCGAACCUCAAAUUCAGUUCCCAAGUGGGAUGCUUGGAGUAAUUCAACGGAAUGUGAGUCCGGUUGUUUGUAUGGUGAAUCUGGCAGAUUGAAAGAAGGAAGCGUUGGAUUGCGGCAAUACACUCGAAGCUGCAACGAUAGAAGAAAAGUCUGCGUUGGAAUGAGUAAGAAAUAUGAAACUUGUAUAGCAAAACAGUGUUACAAUAUUGUUCGAACUACAAUACUGGAAUUUGCGAACCAAAUUUGUGCUCGCGCCAAAGAAUUUGAUUCUGAUAUUAUGGACUUGGGAAUACAAAGAGUAGCAGUUGACGCAGAGGAUGCAUGUAAAGUUUACUGUGAAACGAAAUCCGGUGAACCCAAGACAAAAGGGUGGAUUUUUCCGGACGGGACCACAUGCAGGAUUCAAAACGCGGACUUAGACGACACAUUUUAUUGCAUCAGUGGAAGAUGUCAGAAAUUUUCCUGCAAUAGUUCAAGUGAGAACUUGUACCGAAUUGAUCCUAUUUUUUGCCCCGAAAACCACGUUUCUAUUGAUAGAUAUAGUAACAGCAUUCAACAAGAAAAUGGAAGAGAUUACAAAAGUUUGAAAUUGAACAAAUAUAGUUGGUCAUCAACUCAAGUCCCAGCAAAUCUUACGCAAAAUAUAGCAAACAAACAUACGCUCAACCCUAAUUCAAACAAGGUCAUUGGCUAUGAGCAGUGGAGCUCUCGACAUUACGAUACAUUAUCGCAACUGCGAGUAAGAGCGAAUAAGUGGGAAGCUAAAUCAGGUUGCCACUUUAGCUGCAUAGGAAAAGCUAGAGGAAUUCAAAUAGUGGCCUCGAAAAUAGAUAUUCGAACAAACAUUCAACUUUGCACCCCGAAUACGAUUGCAUGCGAUAAUGUUUUGACAACGUUUGAAUAUGCGACAGGCCUGUGCAAGCGCUACCAACAAAAAGUACAAGGACUUUCUGGUCUAGGAAUGCAAAUCGCAGCUAGCGUGGAGGACCCGGAUAGAAGUUGCCGUAUUGCAUGCCAGGAUGCUUUCCUACAACAUCGUUUUUAUUUAGUGAAUGGAGACCAGGGACACUUUCCAUUCGGAACGCGCUGUAAUCACAACCAAUCGAAUCGUUAUUGUGUCAAUGGUCAAUGUUUGCGUUUUGGUGAAGACGACACACCAGUAAAUGAAUUAUAUAACAGUUUAGCGCAUUUACGCGUCAAACGAAAUGCAAGAAGAUUAAAAAGACAUUUUGAUUUUUUUACACCUAUAAAUAUCACUGAAAGAGUUAGUCAGAAGUUCCUCGAGAGUUUGAUAGCAAAUAUUGACUUCACUGGUAUAAAAGAAGAAAUCUUGGAGGAUAGUAUAGAUUUCACAAAUCCAGUAUAUUUUAUACCGUGACAUGGGAAACUUUCAUCGAGACUGGUUCUGUUCUGCCUCUGGAAACGCUGUUGUAAUUAGUAUAGU